AUGAACUGGCUCGCUCAGUUCGACCCGUAUGCGGGCUCUAUCCCUCCCUCGCAGGGUGCAAAUAGCUCGUCUCAUCAGCCUCCUCGUAUACACGGGAAAGCCAACAAUCGAGCUCAUCGUUCCAACUCACCGAGCCGUCCUCCUUCUGCGACCACAUCGACUGCUUUCCACAGCGGCGGAGGGGGUUUACGUGGCCCUACACAAUCACAUUUCGCUAGCCCCACUCCUGCCGAGGCGCAUUGGACGCCAGCUUCACCUACAUCUCCCACUAAUGCUCCUUUGGGUCGACCGGCAAGUGCGCGGAGUUCACCGAAUGCUCAUUUUGGAGCGAGUGCUGCAAGCGGCAGCGUAACGCAAGGAUCGAAACAUCAUCAUAUGAAAUUCAGGCCUCCUCCUUUUCCGAGUCGAGCUCCUGCUCCAAGUCGGUCUACUCCUUCGAUCAGACCCAAGCCGACCGACUCAAGGUCUUUUGGCGCGGGGCCCAAUGCCAUCCAUCAUUUGGGAUCGCAAAUGAAUGGUCCCGGUCGCUCUUCGAACCUGGCGCGACCCCAAAUCCACAUGAAGUGGCCAGCCAGCCAUGGAAGCAACAAUCAGACUCUGGUGAGUGGUCCAUCGUCACGCAAUGGUGCGGGCUGUUGUGGGUGGGUUUGACGAUGAGCUCCGUCGGCCACGAUACUCAAAUUAGAAAGCCGUCAGGGCGACAAUCCACGAAGCGGCGGGCCCUUCGCAGCAAAACCACGAUGCCUCGAGAACGCGCAAGCCAGCAAACGAUGGCGACAUUCCGGGACGUCCCAAUACCAUUACGCAUGCUUCUUCAAGACCACCACCUCCUCCUCCCAAGCCAAGAGUCCCCACUCUUGCGCCACGUGCGCCAGCGAAGAGAGCUGAAGACUACGUGCCUGGAGAAUCAAAGACCUUCAUUCCGUUACGGAGCGAGAAUAGUCCAAUGGCUCCGGCGAUCAGACUCGAUACUGGGCGAACUGUUGCAGGUUCUACUCACCAAAGUAUGUGGAAGGCCUUUCAGAGAUCCGGUGGCGCAAAGGAAUCAGCAUCAUUACCGCCACACUCCUCCAACUUAGCGCAACCACCGAUCAUUGCUGCGGCUGCGUCGAACAGAGGGAAGAAGCACAAUGGGAGGGCACCGCCGUUACUCCCUGAUGCACCGUUAGGUAAGGGCAGCUUAAAUGAUCCUCUCGAUGCCUCUCGCAAUGCUUCUGUAUCCUCUUCAAUGAGAGCUCCUCGCGUGGACAGCACAUCACUUCCGCAAGUCCACUCCACGUCUCUAGGUCCAGAUUCAACGCUGGCCGAACGGAUCCCCUUGACAGCCAGCCGAGAUGUACGUCCGCAUUCACCAGCUUUCUCUGACUCGGCAGAAGACAAAAUGUCUCCACACGGCUCUGAGGUUUCAGACAGGGAUUUAGUCAGCUCGGAAGCCUACGCAGAUUCUGAAACCAGUGUCGCAAAGAUCAGCAAUGCUGCGCGCCUGUCGCGAACACCUUCCGAUGAUCGUCCGGAGCAGCAGUUGGCAGAAGACGAAAUGUCUGCACACGGCUCUGAGGAUUCGGAGAUGGAGAUAGUUGGCUCCAAAGCCUCCGAAGACUCUGAUGAAAAUAAGAUUGCAAAGACCAGCAAUGCUGCGCGCCUGUCGCGAACACCUUCUGAUGAUCAUCCAGAGCAGCAGUCGGCAGAAGACGAAAUGUCUGCACACGGCUCUGAGGAUUUGGAGAUGGAGAUAGUUGGCUCGAAAGCCUCCGAAGACUCUGAAAUAAGGUUUGCAACGACCAGCAAUGGUGCGCACCCGUCGCGAACACCUCCCGAUGUUCAUUCAGAGCAGCAGUCUCUUGGUCAAGAGGUUGAAGCUCAAGGCGGAAGACGCUUUGAGCAGAAAGCCGCCGCUACGGCCAAGGGUCCCUUGAUUGGAGGGUCUCCAUCGCCAGGGGCUAGGGGGUCGCAUCCAAAAGUCGCCGCAGCUCGACGUGCGGGGGAUCCAAGCACUACGAUUAAAACCAAGCCAGCGUCGCCUAACGUCCAUGCACGACAAGAAGACGCCCACGACCGAAGACACGAAGAUAUCUCACAUCCUCGUAAAAGACUUUGCCGAUCUUCAUCGCGGGAGCCUCCGCCGCUCUUGCCAGAGGAGUCCAUGGCGGUGGAGCAGGAGAUAGACAUUGUUGUAUCAACAUCUCGCGAGCACCUUCCACCGCCGGAGAGCUCGCUUGCUGUGGCCGGAGGUUGUGACGAACUGGCUGUAGAGCGCAUGUCAGCUGCGAUGCGCGGAGACGACGGUGCUACUCUCAAUCACAAUGCAGCGUCGGUCGAAGCGCCCUCCAGUGAUGAUGAACCGCUGGCUGCCGGCUUGGCCAGAAAUCAUGGACGCAUCCCCUCGCUGAACGCGAUGCAACUGAGCUCGAGAUCAUCGUGCCGGCUUCCCAUGCGUCAAAUGUUCAUGAUUCCCCUCGAUUCUCGGAUGCAGGCUGCGCACGCCUUGAGGAGCCGACACGCGUAUGAUACCCUCGCGUUCGUCAGUCGCCUGGGCAGCAUGGUCAUGUCAACUCCGCAACACGCGCUUGGGCCGCUUUCCAACUUGAAUGGCGAGACUUCGACAUCGUCGCCAUCGCGCAGGAAAAUCUCUGACGUCAAGCGGCUAGCUCCGAGUAUCAUGGGCUUUACAAGCUCGGACGCGACCGCUCUCGGCCCGCUGCCGGGGCAGGUAGGCCUUUCGUACGCGAUGCCGAACGGCGAGGGUCGCCCGCGCGCUCACUCUGAGUGGCUAAAACCAACUCCACACAUGUCUGGAGCUACAAGUUUGGCGCCGAUCAGGAUAUAUGGCUCAACUGAGGUAUCCUUUGCGACUGGGGGCUCGGAUGGGACUAUCCACCGCUGGCGCUGGCACGGGCUCAGCACGAACACAGCAGAUGUCGAGCGGAUGCACAGCAUGCACGAAGGGCCCGUUGUUUCCUUGACGAAUCUGCCAAGACACCACCUCAUGGUGUCGCAAGGCGGUGCCCACUCCGACCAGCUAAUCGGUUAUCGCUAUGAUCAUCCUGCGGUUUCAUUCCAGUGGACGAGCAAAGAUCCUGUCGCUCAUCUUACGCACGCGCUUCACGCGGAUCUGUUCAUAGCCACGGUGCGGCGAAGUGAUCAUGAGCAGCUUAAACUCUACGACGUCCGCUGCGAUACUGGCGGAUCUCCGCGAACGAUCUCAAAGCCGGUGAUCGUUGCCGGUUGGCAAGCGACUCGAACUCCCGCCUAUCUGGGUCGCCCUGCCUUUCACGCUAAACAGCGGAAUCUCGUUGCACAAGGCACUGAAGAGGGGCACGUCCGUGUCUUUGACCUGCGUAAGACUGGUCAACCUCUUUUUGAAGAGCGCAUCAGCCAAUCCCCGGUAUACGACGUGGUGUGGUCACCUCCUGGGGAGCCCGCUCUGAGUCUCUACGCCAUCGAUACGGGCACUUCGAAACCUCUGUGUCACCGACUCGAAUUGAUGACGUCAUAG